AUGGGCGAGUUGACCAAAGAAGAACAACACAGACUACGCAUCCAUAAUAGAGAAAAGUCACAACGAGCGAGAGACAAAAAGAAGAAUGAGGCCCUAGCGGCGGCCCAAAAUACCAAAUCAGCGUCAACUCGACAAAAGUCCGGUAAUGCUGACGAGCCUCUUGACGGAACAGAAGACGACUUUGCGUCUCUCGUAGACUUUGAAGACAAUCCCGAAUAUGUCCCACUUUCUCCAGAGGAAAUGGAUGCUUUAGGUGCAGACUUUGGGGAGAUAUGUUGGGAUAAGAAUUUCCAAUCGCAACAAUGA